GAGGAGAGUGGAGGCCGAAUGAAACUCGAGAUAUUUACAGGCAACAGCCAUCCUUCUGAAAACAAGUUUCUGGGAAGUUGGAAGCUUUCGAGCUUUUCACAGUCGACGCACGUCUAAGGUGAUGUGAUGAAGCAACCUCUUUGCUUUGGUUCUUCUAAAUGGAGGAAAGCCGCUGCAUUACUAGAAAAGGGUCCCAAAAAUUGUUCUUGAUGGGUUCCUUGAGUAGAUAUGAAGAGGCGCGCCAUCUUGUCAGUCUAUAGUUUUCAGAUCUCCCAUCAUCAUCUUUGCUUAAAUCUUGCUGUAAAUUCUUCACUAUUCAUCUUUAGGAGAUGUUUGAGUCAUGGAAUUUCCUUAGGAGCAACACAUACAAGGCCUUUUCCUGACUAUUCCCCCAAGAAACCGUCCAUCAAAGAUGCCGAACUUGUACAUCGCAUCUCCACCACAAUUAAGCUUCGCUGCUCUGAGCCCUUUUGCAGUAUUCUGAAGCCUUAUGAAUCUCAUUUCAGUUCUGACCAUCUUAUUUGGGUCCUCAUGAAUAUUAAGAAUGACUAUAAACUAGUGUUGGAUUUGUUUGACUGGGCAUGCUUACGAAGGGACCCAUCAUUAGAAGCCCAUUGUGUUGUUGUACAAAUUGCUGCAGCAUCAAAGGAUCUUAGAACAGCACAUGAGCUUAUUCAUAAUUUUUGGGCAAAACCCAAGUUAGAUGUUAGUGUUUCAUUCACUCGCUUUUCUGAUCGGUUGAUAUACACUUACAAGGAUUGGGGUUCAGAUCCCCAUGUGUUCGAUGUUUACUUCCAGGUCCUUGUUGAAACUGGGAUGCUCAAUGAAGCAAGAAAGCUUUUUGAUAAAUUGUUGAGCUAUGGGUUGGUUAUCUCUGUUGAUUCCUGUAAUUUAUUUCUUACUCGGCUAUCAAGCACCUUUGAUGGGAUUGAGAUGGCAAUAAAGUUUUUCAAUGAAUAUCCUGAAGUGGGUGCUCACUGGAACACCAUAUCAUACAAUAUUAUCAUUCAUUGUCUUUGUCGAUUAGGGAAAAUAAAAGAAGCCCACCAUUUACUCCUCCAAAUGGAGUUGAGGGGUUGUAUACCUGAUGUUGUAAGUUAUAGUACUUUAAUCAGCAGAUAUUGUUAUGUUGGAGAACUACAGAAGGUGUUGAAGCUCAUCAAGGAAAUGAAAAUAAAAGGAUUGAUGCAAAAUUCCUAUACCUAUAACAGCAUAAUACUCCUUCUGUGUAAGACUGGUAAACUAUCUGAAGCAGAAGUGUUACUGAGGGAGAUGAUGGUUUUAGGAAUACUUCCUGAUAAUGUUGUCUACACUACUCUAAUUGAUGGAUUCUGUAAGUCGGGAAAUGUUCCUUCUGCAAGUAGGCUAUUUGACGAAAUGCAGGGUAGGAAAGUUGUCCCUGAUUAUAUAACAUAUACUGCCAUUAUUCAUGGAUUUUGUCAAAUAGGGAAGAUGACAGAAGCAGAUAAGUUCUUCAAUGAAAUGGUUAGCAGAGGAUUAGAACCAGAUGAAGUUACUUAUACAGCACUUAUUGAUGGUUAUUGCAAAGCAGGUGAGAUGAUAGAGGCGUUUUCUCUUCACAACCAGAUGGUUAGCAUGGGGCUUACCCCAAAUGUUGUCACUUAUACGGCACUGGCUGAUGGGCUUUGUAAAAGAGGGGAGGUAGAUGUAGCAAACGAACUUCUUCAUGAGGUGUGUAGGAAGGGCCUUCAACUUAAUGUCUGCACUUACAACUCAAUUGUUAACGGCCUUUGUAAGUCGGGAAACAUAGCGGAGGCAGAAAAAUUGGUGGAAGAAAUGGAGGCUGCUGGGCCCUGUCCUGAUACUAUUACUUAUACCACUUUGAUGGAUGCAUAUUGUAAGAUGAGAGAUAUGAGAAAGGCUCAGAAGGUCCUGCAUGAGAUGCUCGAUAGAGGGCUUCAACCUACAGUUGUCACAUUCAAUGUGCUGAUGAAUGGAUUUUGUAUGUCAGGAAUGGUGGUAGAUGCUGAGAGGCUACUCAAGUGGAUGUUGGAGAAGGGUAUAGUGCCUAAUGCCGCAACCUACAAUUCUCUCAUGAAGCAGUACUGCAUUAGAAAUAAUAUGCGUACUACGACAGAAAUUUAUAGGAGCAUGUGUGCUGGCGGGGUGAUUCCUGAUAGCAACACCUAUAACAUUUUGAUAAAAGGGCAUUGUAAGGCAAGGAAUAUGAAAGAGGCAUGGUUUUUGCAUAAAGAAAUGGCAGGAAAGGGAUUUAUUCCCACGUCAAGUUGUUACAGUGCACUUAUUAAGGGUUUUUUCAAGAGAAAGAAAUUUGCGGAGGCAAGGGAACUAUUCGAAGAAAUGAGGAGACAUGGUGUGGUUGCAGAUAGAGAAACAUACAACAUUUUUGUCGAUAUGAACUAUGAAGAAGGGAACAUGGACAUUACUCUUGAUCUUUGCAAUGAAAUUAUAGAGAAUUGUCUUGUUGGCAAGCCCAAGAACGAAGACACGUACUUAGAAAUGUUAUCACUCUUGGUAAAGUUGGAGGAUGUUAAAGCAGAGAACAUGCAGAAGUGCUUGCAUCCCAGAAAAUCAGCAAAGAAAAAAGUUAAGCUGAUACGGCGUCACCAGGGGCAAAUCGCAAGGACAACCGCUUCAAGGGCCAACUUAAGACCAAAGAGACCGAGUGAGAAUGAAGGGACUCGGAAGCAACUCGGAAGAAUUGCAAACUUGGGACUGCCCCGAAAUGCUUUCUGUUUUGUAAAGGAGCUUUUCUUGUUUGCGAGUAAAUCUGAAUCAUUAAUCAUGGCGAAGAGCAACGUGAAGGUUUUGGGAGCGUGGCCGAGCCCAUACGUGAUGAGGGCUCGGGUCGCGCUCAAUAUCAAGUCGGUGGAGUAUGAGUUUCUGGAGGAGACAUUCGGAUCCAAAAGCCGGCUUCUGCUCCAGUCCAAUCCCGUCCACAAGAAAAUCCCAGUUCUGAUUCAUGGCGACAAGCCCGUUUGUGAAUCUCUCAUCAUUGUUGAGUACAUCGAUGAGGUUUGGUCCUCUGGCCCAUCUAUCCUCCCUUCUGACCCGUUCGAUCGCGCUACUGCAAGAUUCUGGGCUGCCUAUAUCGAUGAGAAGUGGUUUCCGGCAAUGAAAGGCAUUGGUGCUGCUCAAGGAGAUGAUGCAAGGAAGGCAGCAGUCGAGCAAGUUGCCGAGGGGCUAGCUCAGUUGGAGGAAGCCUUUCAAAAAACCAGCAAAGGCAAGGACUUCUUUAGUGGAGACAAAAUUGGGUACCUAGACAUUGCGUUCGGGUGCUUCUUGGGGUGGCUCAGAGUCACAGAGAAAAUGAAUGGGGUCAAACUUCUGGACGGCGCAAAGAUCCCAGGGCUGGUCACAUGGGCUGAGAAGUUCAGUGCAGAUCCUGCCGUGAAGGAUGUCAUGCCGGAGACUGACAAGCUGGCUGAGUUUGCUAAGAUUCUUGCGGCCAAAAUGAGAGGUGCAGGGGCUCCCAAAUGAUUAAUUAGUGAAUCUAAUUAACGGAUCUUGUUUAUUUAAACGAGUGAUUAAGUCGGAUGUGUUAGACUGCUGUAGUUUGAUAAACUCGGGGACUUUGGCCUGUUUUAUUUUGUGUCUGGUUUUUAUGUUAAUUUGACAGUGAAAUAAAAAAUCGUUUAGGUGAGUCUAUUAGUUCA